AGGCACCUGGCAUAGCAGGCUUCGUCUGCGUUCCUUCGGCCUCCGCUGCUCCGCCCCUGCCGCGAUGAUCCGCGUGGUGCUCGCCGCGCUCGCCCUCCUGCUCUCCAGCCACGGCUGCGUCGCCGAUGAGCAGACAACGACCGUGGAGGAGCGCCGCCUGACGGACACCACCAUGGGCGAUGACACGACGAGCGCCGCGUCUCGCACCGGAAGCCAUGGCACUGUGCUCCUGGCGCUCCUCGCCUUCGUCUACCUGGGCAGCACGGCGGGGGCGAUGCUGGACGAGUCCACGACGAUGGCCGACGAGCGCCGCCGCCUGACCGACACCACCAUGGGUGAUGACACGACGAGCGCCGCCGCUCGUAGCGGCGCCCUUGGCACCAUGCUCCUAGCGCUCCUCACGUUCCUGUUCGUGGGCAACGCGGCUGGAGCGGCAGUGGACGAGACCACCACGAUGGCCGACGAGCGCCGCCUCACGGACACCACCAUGGCCGACGACACGACGAGCCCCGCGGCCCCCCGCGCGGCGUUCCGGACGGCGCCGCUGUGUGCCCUCGCUGCGGCGCUCGGUCUGGCAGCCCGGCGCUGAGCUCAGAGGGGAAUGCCGGCAGCAGGAUGUCUUCCAGAUUUCCAAGCUUUUCCUCCUUAAACGGGCCUGGAUCUCGACCUCCACCUUCCCCCUCACUGGCUCCCCGUCGUCUUUUACCAACAGCGUCGUUUGCGCUCCGCCUCUGCUCGGCUCCUGUCACCUCUAUUGCCCUCCUUGCGCCGUGGUGGUCGAGGAUCCGUGCCUCGCAGUGCACUCCAUUUGGACCACCCCUGCCCUGGCAAAGUCCAGGGCUGCGGUCGUUGCAUGUUGUCAGGACGCCCGUCUCUCCGGAAGGAGUCUGGAGAACCGGGAAGCUAGAUCCGCUGCGGAUCCACGAGGGACUCGGACUGUGGCGAGCGGCUGGUCACGGGCCAUAUCGAGCGUAGACUUUGUCUGAGGCCAACCCCAGGUGCAACGGCCUUUGCAAAUUCGCGGGCCGCGGGCUUCCCUGGGGUUGGCCCAGGCAUGUUGUCGUGCCAGUUGCCCGUCCGUCGCGAGCCUGAAGAGUUCGGUGACGGAGUUGAAGAGUUCCGUGUCCGAUUUUUGUCUACGUCGCGUGGUCGAAGCUGUAGCGAGUGCCAGCGUCCGCUUGCCACAUCGAGCGCAGAUUUCGGAUGCCAGCACUUUGCCUUCGGAUCAGUACAAGGGCCAACUUGCCAAUGAAAGAAAAC